AUGUCAUUCGCCGCGACAAGGUAUUCAGUAGGCCCAACCUCCUCAGGAGAGCGACAACAUAGCCUUCUGAGGCUUCCCGACAAUACCCGCCACCUGCUGAUCGCGUUUCUGGGCGAGCUAGUCGGCACAUUUCUCUUUCUGUUCUUCGCCUUUGCCGGCACCCAAGUUGCAAACAAUGUCCGAAAGAUCAGCGGCAAUUCAAACAUGGAUCUAGCGUCAUUGAUGUACAUCUCUCUCGCCUUUGGGUUCUCACUAGCCGUCACUGUUUGGGUCUUCUUUCGCAUCAGCGGAGGCUUGUUCAAUCCUGCUGUGACAGUCGCCUUGGCCCUUGCCGGAGCAAUUGGGUUCAUCAAAGCUUUGUUGCUUAUCGUUUCACAGUUCCUCGGUGCCAUUAUCGCUGCAGCUAUAGUCUCUGGGCUCUUCCCUGGACCUUUGGCCGUCGAAACAACCCUCAGUCCUGGGACCUCGGUGACAAGAGGCUUGUUUAUGGAAAUGUUCCUCACAUUCAUGCUUCUUCUUACCAUAUUCAUGCUAGCGGCAGAGAAGCACAGAGCGACUUUCCUCGCCCCGCUUGUCAUUGGGCUCGCGCUUUUCAUUGCUGAGCUUGCCGGCGUAUACUUCACUGGGGCCUCCUUAAAUCCUGCUCGUUCCUUCGGGCCUGCUGUCAUUACGGGUGUAUGGCCUGGCCAUCACUGGAUCUACUGGCUUGGACCUUUGCUCGGCGCCUUGCUGGCAGUAGGCUUCUACAAGUUGCUCACGCUGCUCAAUUACUCGACUGCGAACCCAGGUGCCGACAGCGAUGGUCUUGAGAAGCACCGCAGCCACAGGGUGGACAGCAAUGCAGCGCGUCACGACACUACUCACAACACUCGAUAUGCCGCUACCGAUGGAACAGAAGAGCGAGAUAUUGCGAGCCAAGCACAACUUAGCGGAAGACAGCCUAGGCCUUCUGCUACAUGGCCUUCAGUGCCGACUUUAGCAUACAUGCAGGCGCUCGAUGGCCAUCAUUCUGAGACGAUCGACCAUCCCAAUGACCGCCCGCGUGCGCAUUACACGCAUAGCUCUUCAGGUUGCGAGAUAUCAUCAGAUUCGAGCUAUCGCAGCGGCCCAAGUGCAGAGUCUGGCAGCUUGGGAUCGUAG